AUGGCUGCCGGCAGUGCCGCGAAUCCACCGCCUCAGACAGCCGAUGAAUGGACAGCGGCCUUUCAGGCUAAAUUUGAGGAGGUAUGCCGGAAAUUUUGGGAGAGAUUGGGAAAGAGGAAACCACCACCCGCUCUGAAACCAACUACACUGGUAAAGCGACAACACACACUCUCUCACACGCGGCCGAGGCACCUGAUUUUGGCAACGACACCACAAGAGCGAUUAACCAGCAACACGACAAAGCGGAGGGAGAGACAGAGGGGCAUUAACCGCCCAAAGCAGAAAAACAUAGCCAAAGCAAUGGCCAUAACGCCACCUAAGAGGACAGCACCCCGAGGCAAUGCCUCCCUGCACAUGCCGCGCAAACGGAGGAUCAUCCGCCGUAAACGGAUACUUCCACUUUCCUCUAAAUACCCAAGGCGAGGGAAGGACCGAAUGACACAGCAUAGCGCUACUACAGCUGAGCCAUUGAAAAAGGGGAACAGCUACCAAGCCAGGGUGCACAGAUCAGCCACGACCCUCUGCCUAUCUAUUCCAUGCGCCGAACAAAUGCAACAGCCCAAAGGAUUUUACCUCUCAGGACACUGCCCCAGCCCCUGCCUCGAUGGAAUAUGGCACACAGCACCAACGGAUUGCCAUUGCAGGCAUUGGAUGACCCCAGACAGCAAAGCAGACUUCCCCACACUGUAA